UCAUUCCGCGCUGGUCUCGUUCGUAUUUUCUGUGGGUUCGCCGGCCGGGCCGAUAAUGUUCCGGCGACAUUUACUUUCUUGUCGCUCACAGAUAGCAUAGUGCGACCGUCCUUCGCCAGGCGUCACGCACUGCGACAGCCUGCCGCCGCUUAUCGGCUCCCGUUGAAGCAAUCGCUUGCCAUGCCGGCUGCUUUCGCGACCCCACGAGAGGACCUGCGAAGCUAGCCCGUCGCGAUGAAAAACCCACCGCAGCGCGAGCACUUGUACAAGAUCCUGGUCAUCGGAGAGUUGGGCACCGGCAAGACCAGCAUCAUCAAGCGCUACGUGCACCAGUUCUUUUCACACCACUACAGGGCUACCAUUGGCGUCGACUUCGCUCUCAAGGUUGUAGAAUGGGAUGAAAAUACCCUCAUUCGUCUUCAAUUAUGGGACAUCGCCGGCCAAGAGCGGUUCGGCAACAUGACGCGCGUCUACUACAAGGAGGCCGUCGGCGCCUUCAUCGUGUUCGACGUGACGCGGUCGCAGACCUUCGAAGCGGUGAGGAAGUGGAAGGCCGACUUGGACAGCAAGGUGCAGCUGCCCGAAGGCAGUUCCAUACCCUGCGUGCUGCUCGCAAACAAGUGCGAUAUGUCCAAAGAAGGCAUUGUUAACAACCCAGCCUCCAUGGAUGAAUUCUGCAAAGAUAACAACUUUGCUGGGUGGUUCCUGACGUCAGCCAAAGAUAACGUGAACAUUGAGGAUGCAGCCAAGUUUCUAAUAUCGCAAAUACUGCACAACCACAAGGCACUAAACUUGGACGAAUCCGAGCAAGCCUCAGUUCCGUUGUCAGCGUCUGCUCCAUUGGGUCAGCCCGUACGACGAAGAUCAUGCUGCUGACUUAAAAAAUGUCUAUAUAAUCCUAACUGGCUUUUAAAGUCAAACAAAACUGUCAUUUAUAUAGAGCAAAAGGUGCAGGGCCUCUCUCAAAUUGCCUUUCUUGCUCGUUUGUACAGAUAUGGUGGCAGAAUGUUAUUUUAGAUUUCACUGUACUUUACCUUCGAAUUGUUCAAUUAUGUGCAACACACCCCAGGAACUCAUUCGGACGUCAGGUAUACGGUAGUCUGUGUUGCCAAAUGUUUGCAAUGUUCACCUCACCCUUUUAGAGAUUCUGCUUUUUUUUCUCCUUUCAGUGAACAUUCCCACUGCCGCACACAAAUUUUGUGUGCUCUGGGCAUAUACUUGUCAGAAGUGAAAAGUACAUCAACUUAUGCUCACGUGUCAUGCGAGGAUACUCAACUAUAGCAAAUAUCCACUCUGUUUUUUUUUCGGCAUGUGGCAAAACUAAGAGGAAGUUAUAAAUGCUCAAUGUUUUAACCAGUGUUGACAAGAUACUCGCGUAGUUGGGUCACAAUUUCCAUUAUACUCGUCUUAUGUCGCAGUGAACGGUUUCUCACACGAGCCAUAUGUUUACAAGAAGGUGUUAGCUCUUUUAUUACUUUUAUUAUUUAUGUUUUAUUACUUAACUCUUUUAUACUUUAUUACUUUUAUUACUGUCAGCUUUUUAUUACUUGAAAAAAUCCAUGAUUAACUGUCAUAAUUGCUAAAACAUUUUAGUUUUGAACAUACUUCCUGCCAUUGUAUAUAAGUGAUACUUAAACCUACGGUAAUAAAAAAAACGGAACGCUAUUUUAAAAGGGAGUACCCGAAUUUUUGCAGUUCAAAACCUGAGCAUUUCCUGAAUGCUCAAUGUUGUGAAUAAAGUAGGUUGUUUCACUGGUAAAA